AGGAGCAUAAGGCUUCCAUGGAUAAGUUUAACGCCAUCAAGGCCAAGAUUGAUGUUGCUCUGCCCAACAAGAACAAGGACCAGCCCAGCCCUACCCAGAAGCGCCGCCAGGAGCUCAUUGCUCAGGCCAACGAGAUCCGCCAGAAGCAGGCCGGCGGCAAGAAUGCCCGUACCUCCAAGCUCGACCAGAUCAAGCGCCUUGACGAGCAGCUCCGCAGCCGCAUCAACGAGCAGAAGACUGCCAAGGCCAAGGUCCCCUUCAAGAGCGUCGAGGAUGUCGACCGCCAGAUUGAGUCCCUCGACAAGCAGGUCAACUCGGGAACCAUGAAGCUCGUCGACGAGAAGAAGGCCCUGACUGACAUCUCCAACCUGCGCAAGCUCCGCAAGAACUUUGGCCAGUUUGACGAGUCCCAGAAGCAGAUUGACGACCUCCGCGCCAAGAUCAAGGAGAUCAAGGACUCCAUGGAGGACCCUGAGCAAAAGGCCCUGUCCGAGCAGUACAACACGAUCCAGGCUGAGCUCGACGCCAUCAAGGCCGAGCAGGAUGAGGCCUACAAGAGCCUGUCCAGCCUCCGCGACGAGCGCACCAAGCUGCAGGCCGAGCAGCAGGAGAAGUUCACCGCCAUCCGCAAGCUCAAGGAUGAUUACUACGGUGCCAAGAAGGCCUUCCAGGCUUACGAGCGCGAGGCCCGCGAGAAGAUCCGCGAGCGUCAGCGCCUGGAGCGCGAGCGCUACGUCCAGGAGCGCAAGAAGGCCGACGCCGAGCGUGUCCUUGCCGAGGCCAGCGAGCCCGCCUACCUCGACGAGAUCCGCCGUGCCAACAGCCUGCUGGUCUUCCUUGACCCUACUUUCAAGGCCGAGAAGACCCCCCUGCUGGCCAACUCUGGCCUGACUGCUCAGGCUCAGCGCACUGUUGACGAGGCUGGUCUUAAGGGUACCAAGCUCGUCCGCAAGGAGGACCGCGACGACGAGUACCUCCCCGCCCAGUCCAAGGGCAAGAAGGGCAAGAAGGGCAACAACGCUGGUGCCGCCCAGAAGGGCUUCAACUGCCCCCCCUCAGUUGUCGAGGACUGCACUUUCCUCUCCCUUGACCCCCCUAUGCGCAAGGAGGACGUGCCUGAGUUGAUUGAGAAGGUCAAGGCUAAGCUUGAGCACUGGAAGGAGGACCAGGCUGCCCAGACCCAGCGUAACAUCGAGAAGGCCAAGAAGAAGCUCGAGGAGCUCGAGAAGGCCGAGGCCAACGGCGACAAGGUCGAGGAGGUAGCCGCCGACCUCAAGGACGCCUCCCUGGAGGACAAGGAGAAGCAGGAGGAGUCAUAAAUGGCUUCCGAGUCUCUCGUCCCCCCUUGCAGGCUAAAACAGCCAUCGACAACAAUCGACAGCCGAUGGCAUCCUUUUUUUUUCCUUAACUUUUCAAAAGUUACAUUCAUCUUACCAAGCUGACGCGCCUCAUCUCUCGUUCCCAGCUCUGCUCUCGCCUCUUCUCACAUCGCAUUAUUAUUAUACGCCUCAUACAACGUCAGCUCCAAGAAUGUAGAAUCCCUGGAGUUUUUUUCCUCGGGAAUCAAAAAAAGAAGGAUUCUGUUUUUUAAAAUAUGUCUAUGCAAGGGAAAAGAAGAGAAGAACGAAAAAAAAAAGAGAAGGGGAGCAGGAGUCAUGUCGAAAACGCCCUUUCUUCAUCUCCCCACGCCCCUAUAUCUUUACAAAGUGUCUGCCCCGUGUAUUGGGUUGUUUAUUUUUUUUUUUUCCAAAGUGUUUUUCUUUUUUUAUAUCUAGUCUUUUAGCUUUUUUUGUCAUCGCAUUAUUUUGUACCUAGGUAUAUCUAUCUUUAUUCCUCUCAUGGGAAAAGGAGUUUAGGCCCAAGCACGAAAUAUACACCUCAUGAUUUGAUGU